AUGGAUCUCAGAAACAUGACACAACUAUAUCUAUUAGGCGACAUUUUCAACGAUACUAACAACAACUACACCACCAACAACGACAAUAACAACAACAAUAAUAUAAAUAAUAAUAAUAACAAUAAUAAUUUUAAUGUGACAAAUUCACACAAUGAAAGAAAUGACACAUACGAGUAUGAAUAUAUCUGCAGUAUCUACGACUUUGUGACGGAAGGUGUGAUAAUGGCCAUAUUCUGCAUAUUCGGGUUUGUGGGCAACAUCACGUCCAUGUUCUGCCUCUGGAGGGACAAGUCGAAAACCGCCACCCCUCUCCUUCUGAUCAACCUGGAGGUGGCGGACACCCUAUUUCUCGUAACUGUUCUUCUCAUCAGAGUCACGACGACCUUUCAUUCUUUCAUCUUCCACUCCGACGAUCACAACCAGCCGGAUUGGUUCUUAGACAUCGGCAUCUUUAUUUUUCCGUCCGCCAGGUUUUUUGAGACAUGCGCCGUGUACUCGACGAUAUUAGUUACGGUUAAUCGGUACAUCGCCGUUUGUAUACCGUUCCGAGCGAAUAGUUUGUGCUCGGUCGUGCAGGCUAAGAAACAAAUUUUUGUCGUCUGGUGUCUGUGUUUCUUGUACAAUUUCCCGCUCUUUUUUGCCUACAGACGAAACAACUACGGCAACGGGUUGAAUGAGCAAUUUGGAGGCUGGUUCAAAAUCUUAUACAACAACGUGCUCUACUUCAUCAUCAUGUUCCUCAUCCCACUCGCGCUCCUCCUCUUCCUCAACUGCAACCUCGUCGUCGUCCUGAGGAAGACCCACAAGAAGCGGGAGCUGCUGAAACGUCGCGUCACGAAAGUUGUAGCCGCGAGGAACGAGCGUUCGAGUAUAACCAGCGCAGCCCGCUCUGAAGAUGACAUCACGCUCAUGCUCAUCGUCGUCGUCAUCAUCUUCAUCAUCACGCAGACUCCCGCCCUCUUUACACAAAUCUUGAAAAACGUGAACGAAGCGAGAGGAGCUGAGGAGGAAGAAGAUGACAAUUCAUUCUGUCCGAACGCGCACUUCUUCUUCGAGAGGAUCAGCGACCUGCUGGUGGUCUGCAACUCAUCCGUCAACUUCAUCAUCUACUGCUUCUGCAGUGCUCGCUUCAGAAAAAUUUUAUUCGGCCUACUGAAGAUAAGAACAAAAAACGACGUCGAAUCGACUACAGCAGCCGCGCCUGACGCCCUGAUGAUGACGUCCAACAACAAGAAAGUCAAACAUAACUUUGCCAACAGCUCGAAAGUAGCGAACAACAACCACACGAACAAAAACAACAAAUUGGACGAGUCCGAAGAGGGCUACAUUGACGACAACCAGCUGCUGACCAACACCACCAAACUACCCAACCACAACGACACGCUUGAUGUAGUCAUUGCCAAUGACGUUUAA